CCACAAAUGUAUCCUCCACAAAUGUAUCCUCCACAAAUGUACCCCCCACAAAUGCAAUCUGCACCAAUGCAUCCUGCAACGAUGGCCCCUGUGAUAAUGUAUCCUCCCAUGAUGCCGGCAACAGCGGCGCCUCCGUCAAUGCCAGUCGAACCAAUACCCUCUACAACUGCACAUAUGCCAGUACCGCAAGAGCCGCUCCCAGAACCAGUAACGUCCACAGGGAUGCACCCUGUGCCGAUGCAACAGCCAACGUCCACAGAGCUAAACCGAGAGCCUAUGUCGUCCACACUAAUGCCAACAGGACCUAUAGAGACUGUCCAAUCUACCUCAAAUUCUAUGGCAAUGUCUCGCCACCCAGAAAACCCUUUUACGGACGAAGCCGAAGAUUUAGAUACGACUACAACACCCACUCCGGCGAUCCGCAGACAAAGCCCUGCGGUCGUAACAACAAGGUCUCCCCCUCCAACCGAAAACGUUUCACGCAAUAUCCCCCAAGGUUACGGGAAUGAGCUACCGCCAUACUCUGCAUCACCGCCAGAAAGAAAUGAUCCCCGGAACCGCCCGCCACCAACAUACGUCGCCGAAAACCAGCGGUCUGUACCUCCCGGCCCCAUUUCUCCAGCAUUUCAGCAAACAAUGGCAAGCCAUGGUGGGAUCCCUCUGUCGGAUGUAAGCCAGCCGCACGGUGAAAACCUGAACACGGCGAAUGUCCGCGAACCUCACCCUUAUGGCGAGGCUGCUGUCGCUGUAGAAGCCCUAAGAACAGCCGAGGAAAUAGACGCUCGUCGCCAACGACAAGAAAAGAAAGACGCCCGGAGGAAGAAAAUGGCAGGACUAUUGGCGUGUUUCUCAAUGAAAGGCUCUUCUAAACGGGAAAAACGAAAGCGACAGCGUUGGUACUGCUGCAUUAUUGCAUUCUGUAUUUUGGUGAUCGUGCUUUCGGUUCUUCUCGCAAUCACCCUCACGCAUAAUGUGGACUCUACCCCCGUCCAGUCGCAAUGGUUGAAUCUUACAGGCUAUCCUCCUAUGCCAACGGGUAUCAUGACUGUCGCGGGGCCGGAUCCAGCUAUCGACCGCAGUAGCUGUGUUGCACCAUCAGAAAUGUGGAGCUGCGCUCUCCCGAAGGAGCAACAAGACAGUAACGCCGGGUAUCCGGCAAAUCGACCGAAUUUCAGAUUCGAGAUUACCUUUCAGAACGGAACUUAUUCGAACAGUACCGUACCAAAGGAUCCGACCGCCACGUCAACUUCCUCAAGAAGAUCUCUGCUCUUAUUUGGCAAACGUGACGCAGAGCCAUCUCCCACACCGGCCGUACCUCGGCUGAGCGACCAGACUUUCUUGGGAAAUACGACUGAUAAUAUAACGUCCCCAUUUGCUGGAGAAGAUACUCCGUUUUUCAUCACUUUUCUUUCGCCAGUGGACGCGUCCAGCUUCAAUAAAUUGAAAAGAAACAAUGGCGAUACCGGCUUGUCUGCUACUGCAACCACCACCUCAUCACCGAGCACAACUAGCUCUGGCAGCGCAAGCAGCGCAACAACAAGCACUGGGGGCUUAGCCGACAUCUCCAAUCUUAUCCCAGCACCGGACAUUGCGUCAGAUGGUACUGCCGCGGCCGCCACCUUGUACCCAUUACCAGUGGCGCAGCCAGUCAGGUUAUACAACCGAGGAAUGCCAACUGAACACUACGGAUUCUACACGUACUUUGACCGGAGAAUAUUCAUGAAAUCCAAUGUCAGCAUGACAGGCGACGGGGAUCUCAAGGACCCUUUUUCUGAAGACUCGAACGGUGGUAGUACCAAGGAUGAUGCUAGUGCACAGUGCACAUGGUCGCAGACACGGUUUUUGGUGCGUAUAUGGACGCAGCCGAGCAACGUAUCGCAAAUAUCCAUCACGUCAUCCUCGCCCAAUAACACCAAUACAGCAACUGCUACCGCGACUGUGACUUCGACUGCUUCUGCAUCCACCACACCUUCCUCGUCUGCAAACAACUUUACUUCUCCAGGGUCUUUCCCUUACCCCAUUAGUCUAACCGUCGACCGCCACGGCGGCCUGGCGACUAAAAAGCUGAUAUACUGCUAUGGCAUCGAACAAGGGGGCUACUAUAAUCUCACAUACCCGAAACUGGAAGACGAGGACAGGUCCGCAGGAGGAACAAUUAUACAGCAGUCCCCAGGCUACGUGGCAUUAGCUGAGAUCGUCCAGGAAGGUAUCAGCGAUAAUCAAAUUGCGCCUGUGGAUGGUGGGUCAGGCGGUUGUGAGUGUGAGUGGAGGAACUGGGCUUCUGUUUCUUGA